AUGAAGUUCUACCUCGAUGGCCUCCUGGUGUACUUCCCCUACCCACGGGUGUAUCCGGAACAGUACGCUUACAUGCAGCACCUCAAGCGGGCCCUGGACGCCGGAGGCCAUGCUGCGCUGGAGAUGCCUUCCGGAACCGGCAAGACCAUCACCCUGCUCGCUCUGGUCACCUCGUACCAGCUGGCACACCCAGAAGUAGGCAAGCUCAUUUACUGCUCGCGGACGGUGCCCGAAAUCGAAAAGGCGCUGGAGGAGCUGCGCAACCUGGUGGCGUACACCGAGGAGGACCGCGGCCUGGCGCCCAACUCGACCAUCCUUGGCAUCGGCCUCUCGUCGCGCCGCAACCUAUGCAUCCAUCCUGCGCUGGAGAACGAGUCGAACGGGAAAGAGGUCGACGCCCGCUGCCACUCGAUGACCGCGUCGUGGAUCCGCGACGCCCGAGUGCCCGCCGCCGCCGCCCGCCGCCGCGCCCGCGCCACAGACCGCGCCCGCCGCCGCCGCGCAGGCGACGGCCAGCCCGACGACGAGCUCGACGACGCCGAGCUGGCCGGCCCGUCCGACGGUCUCACCGACAUUGAGGAUCUGGCAGUGACCACCCCCGAGGGCGCCGCCGCCGUAGGCCUCUGCUCGUACUACGAAGGUCUCGAUGCUGCCGGCCGCGACGGCCUUCUCCCGCCGGGCGUGUAUACCCUGGAGGACCUGCGCGAGUUUGGCCGCGCCAAGGGCUGGUGUCCGUACUUUCUGGCCCGGAACAUGGUUCAGGACGCCAACGUUGUCAUCUACUCGUACCAGUACAUGCUCGACCCCAAGAUUGCCGCCCUCAUCUCGUCAGAGCUCUCCAAAGACUCGGUCGUGGUCUUUGACGAGGCUCACAACAUCGACAAUGUGUGCAUCGAGGCGCUCUCCGUCCACAUUGACCGCCCCGUCCUGGCCGCCGCCAAGCGCGCCGUCCGCGCACUCGAGCGCAACGUCGCCGAGAUCAAGGCCUCCAAUCUGGACAAGCUCCGCGCCGAGUACGAGGUCCUCGUCCAGGGCCUGCGGACAAUGGCCCAGUCGCGGGCCUCCGACGCCAUUCUUGCCAACCCCUCGCUCUCGGACGAGGUGCUCAACGAGGCCGUGCCGGGCAACAUCCGCAAGGCCGAGCACUUUGUAGUCUUCCUCAAGCGCCUCGUCGAGUACCUCAAGUUCCGCAUCAACACCCGCGAGGUCAAGGAGCUCAAGCCGGCCGCCUUUCUGGACGACGCAAAGUCGGUGGCCGCCCUCGAUGCCAAACCGCUGCGGUUCACCGCCGAGCGCCUAGCCUCGCUCCUGCGGACGCUCGAGAUCACCGACAUCAAAGAGUACGCCGCGCUCAAGCUGGUCGCCGACUUUGGCACCCUCGUCGCCACCUACUCGCAGGGCUUCCUCGUCCUCAUCGAGCCGUACGCCAACGUCGAGGGCGCACAGGUCUUUGAUCCCGUCCUUAUCUUCUCGUGCCUCGACGCCUCGGUCGCCAUUCGCCCAGUCUUUGAGCGCUUCCGCACCGUCGUCAUCACCUCGGGCACCCUCUCGCCGCUUGACAUGUACCCCAAGAUGCUCUCGUUUACCCCGGUCGCAUCCGAGUCGUUCCCAAUGUCGCUCACCCGAGAGUGCCUCUGCCCGCUCGUCGUCACCCGCGGCUCGGACCAGUGCGCCAUCUCCACAAAGUACGACAUGCGGAGCGACAUGACCGUCAUCCGCAACUUUGGCUCGCUCCUCGUAGAGCUCUCGGGCGUGGUUCCCGACGGCAUCGUCGCCUUCUUCACCUCGUACUCGUACAUGGAGUCCAUCGUCGCCACCUGGCACAAGAUCGGCAUCCUCAACCUCAUUCUCAAGAACAAGCUCAUCUUCAUCGAGACCCAGGACUUUGCCGAGACCGCUAUCGCCCUCGACAACUACCGCAAGGCCUGUGACUCGGGCCGCGGCGCCGUCCUCCUCUCCGUCGCUCGCGGCAAGGUCUCCGAGGGCAUUGACUUUUCUGACCACUACGGCCGCGCCGUCGUCCUCUUUGGCGUCCCCUUUGUCUACACCGAGUCGCGCAUUCUCAAGGCCCGCCUCGCCUACCUCCAGGAGCAGUUCCAGAUCCGCGACGCCGACUUUCUCACCUUUGACGCCAUGCGCAAUGCCGCCCAGUGCGUCGGCCGCGUCAUCCGCGGCAAGACCGACUACGGUGUCAUGAUCUUUGCCGACAAGCGCUACAACCGCGCUGACAAGCGCGACAAGCUCCCGGCUUGGAUUGCCCAGUACCUCACCGGCGCAAACCUCAAUCUCUCGUCCGACAUGGCCAUCCAGGUUGCCAAGGACUUUCUCCUCAACAUGGCUCAGCCCGUCGCCAAGGAUCCCCAGGCCGAAGCCGCCACUCUCUGGGACGAGGCCUACGUCAACUCGCUCCCAUCCGCCACCCCUCCUCCGGGCGCUGAGCCCAUCGGCUGAUCGAGCUUCUCACCCGCCAAGCCUGCCAGCAUCACACAUGAUGAUGAUGACGACUGCAGUGCUGAUGACUACCACAAUGACAACUGCCAAGAUUGCAGCCAAUGAUGGCAAGCAUAGCCUCGUCGCAAAGCAGUACAAAACUAUGCCCGC